AUGGAUGCAGAUCAAUUUAUUGCCUGUGGCAAAUCGAGAGACAAUGCUCAUGAAUUUGCUUCAGAAAUCUGGCUGGCUGUUAUUGACAAUUUGGAGGAAAAUGAUCAAACAUUUCUCUUGCUUAAACGUCUUGCAUUAGAGGGCAAUGUCUAUCUACCAUAUCCAUACUCGAGAUCAUACAAAGUCCAGUGGAGGGUAUUUGAAAAGCUUUUCACUGAUUUCCGCGACUGCUUCAAUGAUGUGGACUAUUAUGACGUAUUGGCAUGUGCUAAGCACCAAUUUCUGCCGAUACCAUCUACUUGGUUAGGUUACUAA